AUGGAACCCAUAUCAGCUAGUGGUAUCUAUUCUCCAUUUUAUGGUAUUGCUAUUCGGUACAGGCUAGUUUCAGCAGUAUUGCGUGCAAACCAAGAUAUAAGAGCCUAUAUUUCAGUUGUUAUUUAUGUACUGAAUCCUAUUACCCAAAAAUGGCUCAUUUAUCAAGACUAUGACCGAGAACGAAGUGUAUUAUAUCCACCUUUUGAAUGGCCAAGUCCUGGAUUGUCGCUACCAUUAGCAAGUCUGAGAGUAGGUUCGAAUGUAAUGAAUGCAAUAUCAUCGGCGUUCGAAUCACUUGGUACAUUUAAAAGUAAUGUAAAUGAUAUAAUUGAAGAUGUAUUUUUUGAUGAACAAAUAUAUUGGUACGUAUUUAAAAUAUCAAUAUUCAGACAAGAUGAGGCUCUUUUACAUGUUGAUUAUGUUUCAACUAAUGUUACCUGUCAAUUCAAUCGAUUUAAUUGUAGUAACUCAGCAUUUGAUAAUAGUAGUACCAUGUGUAAUGUAUCAGAAGAUGAUAUUCAAAAAUAUGCAGUGCCAUUUUUAAGUGGAACAAUUACUAAUAUUGAUAUGAAUAUUGUGAUGUUAAUGACAUUAGUUAAUAAUCGCCCUGGUGUUUAUUUAAAUGGUACAUACAUCAACAGCGAAAAGCUAAACAUUACAAUAAAAGCAGCACCAUUACCAAUACCGUCUUCAGCUGAAGAAGCGUUAUUAAAACAUAUGAUUUUGCGGUCACUACCGAUAAUAAAUUCAAUAUUUAUUAAAAAUCCAUUAUUGUUACCUAAUGAUACCAUACCAUAUUUUCCUAAUCCAACUUCUCAUCUAUAUCCACAAGUCAAUAAACAAGGAAAAAAUAUAGGGUAUGGAUAUAUUGACAUUGCAAGUUAUGAAAUGAACUCAACUAUACAUGAACAUAAACUCGUUUCUCAUAUUAGCAAUACUCGUACGACAACAACGUGUACUACUAACGUUGAAUCAAUUAGGCCACACCCAUCUGAUAUAGCAUCAUUAGGGGGUAUCUAUCUAUCAAUUUUUGAAUCAGAAUAUGAUGAUACAAUUCAAAAUACUAAUUGUAGCAUUGCACAGGAAGGAUUUGAAAUGUCAUCAUACGCAUUGCCCACAACAACAUAUAUAAAUUCUACAACAUGGAAUGAUACAUGUACAGUUAUUGCUCAAUGUAUGGAUACAUCGGAAUUUUUCGAUUCAAAUUUACAGUAUUAUAGUUUAUUACAAGAUUCCACAACAGGUUCUAUAUUAGCAUUAAGUUUUAUGUGUUCGGAUCCACAAUGUCAACGAUGUCAAUACCAACAAAGUUUUUGCAAAGAAAAUAAUCCAACAGAAAAAUGUUUAUUAGGAAAAUACUUUUAUCGCUUUAAUCAAACAUUAUUCUCAUUCAAAAUAGCUCUUUGGGAGGAAACAACAAUAAAAACAUGUACAAUUAAGACAAAACCCACUACCACAAUUAUUCCUCAAUUAGAUUUUCAGUUAGUUAAGGCUAAAACAACUUUUUUAUUAACAUAUACAAAUACUGAACAGUGUCAAUGGAAUACAACAAAUAAUGCACCAAAUUAUCUUUCUAAAAUAAUAAAUUUAGGAUCCAAUUUGAUAACAGAAGAAAAUAUACAUUGUUCUACAUGCAAUUCCAAUUUAUCAUCCUCAAUAACAUGCUCAGUAUCUACAAUAGAAACGACAUUAUAUAAAAACUGUUACAAAGUUAGCGCAUUCUGUGUGGAUAACUGUACCAGAUGUAAUUAUGAUAUAGAUUUAGUUUGUUUAAACUUUUGUUUAUUUAAUAAUUUAACAAUACCAAUGACAAGUAGCUCAUUAUUAUCAAUUGAAGAUAUUUGGGAUUCGAAAUGCUGUUUAAAUGCAAGCUGUGAGCGAAACAAUUCUAGUAAUCAUACUGUUACGAUAGGAAUAGUUGUAACAGCAAUAACUUGUUUUUGUAUUGUGAUAAUAUUAAUAAUUGUUUUCGUAUAUAAGAAAAAAGCAAAGACACAACCACUAGUAAUAAAUAGCGAAUGUGUACCUUUACUACCAAAGAAUCAAGAUGAAAUUCUGCCUCUACUACCGAGAAUAAACUGUUGUUUUAUGAUUGAUUUUAUUAAAAACACAUCACAAUGGUUUAUUCGAAUAUUUCAAACAGUUAAAUUAUGGUUUAUUGAAACAUUUCGAAAACCAACAAAACAGGAUAUUUCAAUUUACAAUUUUAUCUUUUUCUGUUGCACCAUAGUAAACAUUUGUUUGGUAUGUUAUUUGGCUAGCAGUUGGACAAAAUCAUCACCCUUUAAUACUGUAUUAGAUUCAACUAUUGAUGAGGAAAGAUACGGUUUAACAGAUAAAUAUCUUGAUAAUACUAAAGCUAUAAAAGAUUUUUAUAACUGGCAAUCAAAUGGAAAAAACGUUA